AUGAUAGCCGGUCGUCGAGACUGGCAAGAGAAUGUCAGCCAAAGGAAGGACUAUGCCCGUGAAGAGAUCACCAUGGAGAUGGAGCGAUAUCAGCUGAUUGUGCCGAGCGGCAUGGAUUUUGGAAUCUUCCUUGUCUGCUCGCGCUGCCACCGCCGCCACCAGCAGAUCGACUUCUCUCACCCGAAGAAGUUUGGCCAGGGCUCGCGCUCCUGCCGCGUGUGCUCCAACCGCCACGGCCUCAUCCGCAAGUGCGGCCUCAACAUGUGCCGCCAGUGCUUCCGUCAGUACGCCAAGGACAUUGGCUUCCAGAAGCUCGAUUAAAGCCGGCGGCGGAUGAGAGGGGGGAUGGAAGGCGUCGUUGCCUCCACUCCGAGCUCGCGUCGCCACCGCUGUUAUUUUGGGAUUUAAAUAAA